AUGGAACCAACCAUGGCUCGUUUUCGGCUGCAAGACCUCCACUCCAUCCUCUCGGCGGUCCAGCCCGGACCAUCUGCCGCUACGAAAAUUGAUUUGUCCGAGGGUAUAAAUGCGAACUCAGUGCGCGACCUCUUGCCGAAGAAAGAUGUGGAGGACCGUUUAGCCGCCCACCUUCCUCCCCGAGAUCCCGAGGACAAGGUGUUGACCACCCCCGAAAACAUCAUCACCAACGUCCAGUCUCCGCAGUUCCAGUCUGCUCUCAAGGUAGUAUUUAUGAGCAUUGGUUUAGUUCUUUGA